CUUUUUUGCCAAAACCUUCUUAGAACCAAAAACCUAUGAAACAGCAAGUCAAAAAAUUGAUAAUUUAAAAGAAAUACAGUCUUACGACUGUUUAAGAAUACAUGCAAUACGUGAAAUGCUAAUUAAGAAGAUUACUCUAUCAACAAAUUCAGUCUCUAAAGAAUUUAAGACAUUAUACAAAAAGACAUGUGAAUAUUUUGACAAUUUUCGGCAUAUAUUUAAUAAAAACAUAGCAGCCUUUGCUAAGGAUUUCUUAGUUAAAAAUCGUGAUCCAACAGAUGAAAAUCUUGAGCACUUCGUUGCUGAAAAAGUCUGCCAUCAAAAGCUUAGUAAAUACCUUGAUGCUAGUGACUUUUCUGAGUUCAAAAAAUCAUCUUCAAUCAAAUCUCUCGAAAGCUUCGUUGCUGAAAGUUUAAAAAUUCAUGUUGAAUAUCAAAUUGCAGUUCAUAAUAAAGAAAAACCUUCUUAUAGUGAAGAUGUCUUAGCAAAAAUUAAGAAACUUGAUCAACUCACCAUUCAUAUUACUAUUCCAUCAGCAAGUCGAUGCAAUUAUAUAAAUGAAUUGGAUCUUAAUCAAAUUAGUGGAGAGUUAUCCUCAGAUAAUAAAUAA